GCUGCCUGCAGUAGUCGGUCUGGGCCAGGGACAUGGAGAGUGAGGCCUGGGGGUUCACCUGGUGGUGAAGGGACACAGGUGAAGCUCGCCUCCGGCUGUGAGAUGUCUGCAGUAAGGCGGUCAGUGAGCGAGGCCUUCUGGGCCAUGUGUGCUGCAGACUCCAUGUCCAUGCCGGUCCACUGGUACUACAACAUCCAGGACAUCCGCAGGGACUUUGGAGGCUGGCUGUCAGGCUUCAGCGCUCCGGCAGCCAGACACCCGUCCAGCAUCCUCAGCCUGUCCAACACAGCCGGCAGCGGACGGACCGGCUGGUCCACUGGUGCCAAACAGGCUGACGUUGUCGGUAACGUCAUCCUGCAUGAUAAGCUGGAACUGUGGCGGUCCUCUAACGGCUCGGUCCACUACCACCAAGGUCUUCAGGCCGGAGACAACACCCUGAACGUCCUCUGCUCCCUCCGAGUAGCUCGGACCAUCGUGUCCCGCAGGUUCAGCGACGUCUCCCAGCCGGAGGCUCGCGCCGCCGUGUUGUCCGACUACGUCCAGUUCCUGACCACGCCCGGCUCACACGCUGACACCUACGCAGAGUCCAACCACCGCUCGUUCUUCGCUGACUGGCAGCACGGCAGACCGACCUCUCCCGGCGAGGUCCUGAAGUUCGCAGAGAAACGAUCCAAACAGAUGCUCAGCUCUCGGGUCGCUGACAGCCAGCUGGACGCCAUCGGUUGCCUUCCCAUGAUCCUGCCCUUUGUCCUGUUGUCUGCCUCGGCCAAUGAGGAUCAAGCUGUUGCAGCAGCGGUAGAGUUUGUGAAGCUCACCCAUCCUCACCCCAACGUGCCCGAGUACGUGACGAUCUACAGCCGGGCGCUGCACGCCGUUCUGGGCGGGGCCAGCGUUCGCCGGCAGGCCGAGUCCGCUCUGAGGAGCCUGGAGGCGUGGGACGCCUGUCAGAGCUACAGCCGCAGGGCCGCCAGGUUCUCUGCGUCUUCUGAGGAGAGGCUGAAGGUCCACCAGAGCGCCGUGAACUCCCUGGGUCUGGCCUGCUACAACAGAGGGGCGAUGUCCAGCCUGUUCUACCUGGCCUACGAGUUUCACGAUGACCCCAGAGGAGGAAUCCUGGCCAACACCAACUGUGGAGGUGAGAACUGCAACCGCGGGGCGGCGCUGGGGGCCCUGCUGGGGGCCGGCGCCGCCCACAGCGGUGGGGGCAUCCCCCAGGAGUGGAAGGAGGAGCUGAGGGAUGCCCAGGAGUUCCUCCCCGACAUCCUGAAGGAGAUGCUGUAAGAGGAGCAGCACCCCCUGGAGGACAGGAGGAGAAGUGUUACAACGCACUGCAGACAAUGAUUCCAGCACCUUUUGUUUACAUUCAUUAUGAACUUAUAGCUGUAGAUUUCUAUUUAACAACCGGAAUGCAGACAUUUUUUAUUCCUGAACAAAAAGCAUGUAAACAUUUGUUCACUACAGCUUCAUUAAAUAAUUAUAUUUAUUAUUUUGUGCCUUAAUGUGUUUCCAGUUUGAAGCCUUUGAAUGAAAACAAACAUGCAUGUGAUCAGUUAAUAACAAUAAAGGACAAAACGGUG